AUAAUGCUUAAUGAUAAUAGUUUUUUUUAUUUAUCCACAAAGAUUUAUUAUGUCUCUGAGCGGGAAACAACCGAGUCUCCGUCGAAGUCUAUCAACGCCGUCGUUAUGUGGCGGAGGAUCUACGACGGCUGAAUGUUGCGGAGGUACGACGGCGAGUUGUGCAGCCUUAUGUCUAUGCGCCCCUUGUAGCGUCGUGAAUCUCGUCGUUCUCGCUGUGUACAAGCUCCCUCGUGGACUAUGCCGCCGUGCAAUCCGCCGUAUACGACGGAGAAGAUUAGCAAAAAAGGAGUGUUUAGAGAGUGGAGAGCUUGGUAAAGUAGGGAGUUCUCAAUUCGCUGUUCACCCAUUAGAGAGCAGAGAUGACGAAGAAGAAGAAGAAGAAGAUGAGGCUGUGAUUGCGUUAGAGAAGGAGAUGUGGAGCAGAUUUUACAGUGGUGGUUUCUGGCGAAGCCUUUCUCAAGCUGAAACGGCGUCGUCUCCCAAAAACAAUUAGAGGAUUUUUAUUAGUGUAGAUUUGAUUCAAAGUUGUAAUGUAAAACCAAUGUGAAUUGGAGAUCAAUGUUUGAUAAAAUGUGUGUUUUGUGCAAUCAAGUGUGACAUUCCGA